AUGGAGACGUACCACGGCUACGUGCGGACACCCGCCGACGCUAUCCGGCUGUUUGAAGCCUGUCGAUUAGGCAUUCUUCCCCGUGUGCAACGACGACUGUCCGAGAAGGAGAGACAGUCGAUUCGAUCUGGAUCUGUUUUUGUCUGGGACGAACGGGAAGCUGGCAUGAGACGAUGGACCGAUGGCAAGUCGUGGAGCGCAAGCCGAGUCUCGGGGAGCUUCCUGACUUACCGUGAGAUGGAGGGCAAGCGAGGUGGUGGUUUCUCUGCCAGCCGACGAGGAGCUGGCAAGACUCCUGACUCUGGACGCGGUAGCGACGAGGACCAGGAUGAUGGAGAACCCGAGGGAUACCGAUACAAGGCCGAUGGACUUAUGAAGCAAUCGUUCAGCAUCACCACCUCCAACGGACAACACCUUCACCUCAUCUCAUACUACUCCCGCCCUCAGCCUGGCCAGCCUGAGCUUCAGCAACCGACCAACGACCCAGCACUUCGAGGCAUCGUUCCUCUCAAGGGCAUGUACCCCGAGUCCAGCAUGGGAGAGACCAACAGCACACCGGCUCUCACUCGUGCUCCUAUGCAGCAGCCUCCCUUCAUGGUCGCUCCUCAGCACCCUCAGCAACCCUAUGCUCCGUACGGUCAACCAGGCUAUGGAUGGCCUCCUUCACCUGUGGCCACUCCCCCUUACAGCCAUUACGCUGCUCCGUACCCCCCCAGCGCACACCACCAAGUGCCGCCGCCUCACGUCACCCAGGCGGCUCUCCCUCCUCCGCAAUACGCCCAGGCUCCCGUCUAUGAGCAACGCACUACCCUUCCUCCUCCCCAUGUCUCCAAACCCGCCUACUCGCAGAACCCUUCGCCCCACUACACGCAUACCGCCCUUCCUCGAGCUCACGACUCACCACGGGAGCAGCAUCUUCAGGCAACCGCCCAGAGCGUCAUGGUCGAUCCUCGUGUGAGCACUUCCCGCACACACCAAGUUGCGCUCCCAGGUCUGGGUGCCGUUACAAACGGACCUCCCGGAUCCUCGCUCGCGGCGAUGAGCACUCCUCCCAACCGGGCACUGAGCGUCAGCCCACCGAGAAGCUCGCAUUCGGAAGCUCCUAUCCCUUCAACAAACAAGGCAAGCCUGUCGGCGCUUCUGCAUCCCACGCCAGCUACCAGUGAGGCUAGUAGCGCCAAGCCCGGCAGUGCAAGCAGCAGCCCUCGAGCGACUGGGUCGUGUGGGCUGGAGAAGGGUGGCGUCAGCGAGGACGCAAGGGCCUUGAGAAUGCUGGACCGCAAGUUUUGCAUCUAGAAGAACGACGGAGCUUCACGAGGGGGGCGCCAGUAAACUGGCAUAUUUUUCAAGAUAUGAACCCAAGGAAGGGUAUCAUAGUGACACCAUGUUGUGUGUCUAGGCGAACCGGGCAUGGGGUUGGCUUUGUUUUUGUUGGCGUUUCGCCAUAUGCAUUGUAACGGCGUCUUGAUUUUCUACAGGGCAGCAGCCAAGGGGGCUUGCUGCGGAUACAUUCAGCGGGUAUUCAUCACGACUGGCGAUGGGAAUGGCUGGUUUGGUGUUUACGGGCCAGGUAACAGACGAUCAUGGCUGUCAUGUUUUCACACACUGGUAUUGUACAUAGCUAUCUAGCAAUGCCAAGAACCUAGGGACAAAUUGUCC